UCGGUUCUACUAAUUAGUCCGUCAAUUUAAAGCAGCAGCGCACGCGGAUCGCUAGCAGUACCUAAAACCAUAUAUAUAUAUAUUAUUUAAAGCCGCCAGAAAGCCCUUAAAAAAUCUACAAAAUAUCUAAAGAAGGAGCUCCACAAAUAUGGUGUACGAGACAUCAUAUGGCACUGGGCAAAAGCCCUUUAGUCCCGACCAGAAUCGAGGAAAGUGGGAGAAGCCAACGGAUUAUUUAUUCGCCUGCUUUGGCUUGGCCCUGAAACUGGAUUUGUUUACGGCCUCAUAUUGGUUCUUCUUCGAUAUGGGCAUUUUUGGCAUGUUGCCCUACUUUGUCUAUAUGGUAAUCUAUCUGGUGCCCAUUUUGGUCAUACACUCCUUCAUGGGCCAAUUCUCCAGCAGUGGCUUCAUCUCUGCCUUUCGACUGUCGCCCUUCUUCAAAGGAAUGGGCUAUGUCAGUGGCUUCCUCACCCUCUCCAUGCUCAUAUACUAUGGCAUCUUUGCGGCGGUUCCCCUGGUCUUUAUAAUCAAUUCUUUGAGACCCACUAUGCCCUGGAGCUGCGAGGGCAUGAAUUCUUGGCAUAAUCAAUCUUCAGACAGAUCAACGAUCUGCAAUGUAACCGACGGAAAAGAGAGCUUAGACAGCGAGUACAGCGAUUUGAACGAAACGUUUUAUAUUAAAAUACUCGAUGUUCCCUCGGUUAUGUAUUUUCAAAGCCACUUUGAGAAAAUGGAAUACCUUGAUUCUUAUUCUUUGAGCGACCAAGGCUACGAACUCUCCUGGCACUUUGUGGGAUACUUUGUGCUGGUCUGGGGCUUGAUUGCCCUGAUCUUCUACAAGUUUUCGGAGACGGCAAAGUUUGGUAAACUUUCCAGAUACAUGGUUCUGGGAACACUGGGCCUGCUCUUAGUCUGCCUUGUAAGAUUCCUUUUCCUGCCGGGAGCCAUCAAUGGACUCCUCCGUUAUGUAACGCCGCAUAGGCAGGAUUUGGGGGGCAUAGGAUCCACAUUCAUUAUGGUUCUGAACGCCUUUGGAGCCGGCUGGGGCAGUGUGAUGACGCUGUCCAGCUUCAACAAGUUCCAGACAAAUAUCAUGGCCUACAGUUGGAUCAUCUCCUUUGGCCAGGUUUUCAUUUACAUACUUUUCGGGAUGGUUACCUUCAUGCUGGAGCAUUACUUUGAAGAGGUCAAGGUGGCUACUUAUGACACUCAUGUGAUGAGCCAUUGGAUGUUGUAUUUGUCCAGUGCCAGUGUCCUGGCCUCCAUGGAAUGGGCCAACUUGUGGACCUUUAUUUACUAUACCAUGCUCUUGAUGGCCAGUCUUACAGUGAUGACCACCCAAAUCUUCACCAUCUUGCAGAGUUUGUUCGACGAGUUCGAGCAGCUGCGAGCACGGAAACAGGAAGUAACCUUUGGCCUAAUUGGAGGACUUGCCCUGUGCUCCUUCCUCUUUUGCACAAAUCACGGCAUUACCUGCUUCUCCGCCUUGUCCCUUGAUUCAAUUUUCUCGCACAGUGUCCUCCAUCUGCUGCUCCUGCUGGUGGUCCUGUGGAUCUACGGAAGAGUCAGGUUCCAGCGGGACAUUGAGUUUAUGCUGGGCCAACCCUUUGCCUCCUGGAAGGUGUUUAUUCUCCGCUUUAUCUCGCCAAUUAUUCUGUGUUUUACUUUGCUUAUGGGAAUAUUUGUGGCCUCUUUCGAGCACUCGUACUCCUCGGUGUUAGUCCUGGUUUUGGCCCUUUUCCUGUUGGGCCUCCCCCUGCUCGCCAUUCCCGGCUAUGGGCUGUACUAUCUUUACCAGAGCUCGGGCACCUUCUGUGAGCGCUUCAAACGCACCUGCCGGCCCACCGAUUGGUAUCCCGUGGACACGGAGGACCGGCAGCGGUACGAGGAGUUUGUGGGCAACAGCGAGAUGACCCACCAACUAUUCGAGGUCACCGAGGAGGUCAACUAAAUGCAACUAAAAGUGAUUCAACCAUACAAAUACCUAUAUUGGCUGUACAAAUUUUGGGACACGUAGUCUACAAAUAUAUGUAUAUAUCGAAAAACUA